UGCAGUGAAGAAGACUAGAGGACACGUGGAGAUGUGUGUGUUCAUUAGUGUGCCGAAGCUGUUCUCUAAUGUUGGUGUGAUUGCAGUGUUCGCCCAUGAGCUCGAGUCUGGGUUUCUGAGAUGACGCUCGUGGAGGGUCUGAAGGUUCUCCGGCGGGACGCUAUGGACUGGGACUCGCAGCGCUGUCGGAUGGGUCCGGCUCUGAUGUCCGGGUUAGGCCUGAGGCUGGGCGCUCCGGUUCUGAUCCGGGUUCAGCGGGGGGUCUGUCUGUGCACCGCAUGGCCACGGCGGGACCUCGCAGAGGGAUUCCUGCAGAUCAGCACCCAGUGUGCGACACCGGACCUCAGCGCACAAACACUCACCGGACUCAUGGUUAAACCGGCGCACAUCACACCCCUGACCUGCCCCAGACUCUCCAGCGUGAGCGUGAAGGUGUUUGUGCAGAGACUAGAACACAAGCGGAAGGUCUCCGAGCCGAGCGUUCACAAGCUGCUGGAGGGUCUGUAUGUGCACCAGGGACAUUUGGUGGACCUGUCCGGUGCGGAAACAGAGAUCAGGUGUGUGCUGGUUGAGAAGGUGAACUCGGGCUCGCAGAAAGCUGGUUUGAUUACAGCAAGAACUCAUGUGGAGGUCAGCCUUGCUCAGACUGUUAAACACUUGGAGAGGCGUCAGGAGGUCUCGGCGGCGUCUCCGGGCGGCCUAGAGGAGGUUUACACCUCGCUGAAAGAAAUGAUCACGUUUCCUCUGCGUUACCCAGAGACUCUGCGUCAGCUGGGAGUGUCGUGCCCAAGAGGACUGCUUCUGAUCGGGCCGCCCGGCGUCGGGAAGACCCUGCUGGUGCGCUGCGUGGCGAGGGACAUCGGGGCCACGCUAGUGACUGUAAACGGGCCGGAAGUCACAGGGUCUCGACCCGGAGAGAGCGAGGAGAACCUGCGGCGCGUGUUUGAUCAGGUGCAGGAGGCGACGGCGGGUCCGUGCGUUCUGCUGAUCGAUGAGAUCGAUUCUCUGUGCCCGAGGCGGUCGGAGAGCAGCGGCGCUCCAGAGAACCGGCUCGUCGCUCAGCUGCUGACGCUGAUGGACGGCAUCAGCAAUCACGAGGGCUUCUGCUGGGUGAUCGUCGGCGCUCCCUCGCUGCUGCAGAGGCGCAGUAUCCUGAAGAGUGUGUGUCGAGAGAUGCCGCUCUCCUCUGAAGUGGAUCUGAAUGCUGUCGCUGAAAUGACCUGUGGCUACGUCGGGGCGGAUCUGAGCGCACUCAGUAGAGAAGCAGCGCUGCAGGCCAUGCGACAGUCGCAGGCGGGAGCGAGUGAGCUGGUGUCGAUGCAGCACUUCAUGCAGGCGCUGCGGAUCGUGCAGCCGUCGUGUUUGAGGAGCAGUAUAGGAGCCACUGACUUCAAACCCGUCAGCUGGGAGCAGAUCGGAGGACUAGACGACGUCAAACUCAAACUCAAACAGGUGAUCGUCGGCGCUCCCUCGCUGCUGCAGAGGCGCAGUAUCCUGAAGCAUGUGUGUCGAGAGAUGCCGCUCUCCUCUGAAGUGGAUCUGAAUGCUGUCGCUGAAAUGACCUGUGGCUACGUCGGGGCGGAUCUGAGCGCACUCAGUAGAGAAGCAGCGCUGCAGGCCAUGCGACAGUCGCAGGCGGGAGCGAGUGAGCUGGUGUCGAUGCAGCACUUCAUGCAGGCGCUGCGGAUCGUGCAGCCGUCGUGUUUGAGGAGCAGUAUAGGAGCCACUGACUUCAAACCCGUCAGCUGGGAGCAGAUCGGAGGACUAGACGACGUCAAACUCAAACUCAAACAGAGUAUCGAGUGGCCCAUGAGGUUUCCAGAGGCGUUCGUGCGGUUGGGUGUUUCUCGGCCCAGAGGAGUGCUGCUGUCCGGGCCACCCGGCUGCGCUAAGACCACGCUGGUGAAAGCAGCAGCAUCUUCAUCACACUGCACCUUCCUCUCCCUCAGCGGGGCCGAGCUCUUCUCUCCGUAUGUGGGAGACUCUGAGAAAACACUGGCGCAGUUGUUCGCUCAAGCUCGUGCGUGCGCUCCCUCCCUCGUGUUCCUGGAUGAGAUCGACAGCAUGGUGGGCUCUCGAGCGGACGGUUCCUCUCACGGCGUGCAGUCGCAGGUUCUGUCGGUUCUGCUGACCGAGCUGGAUGGAGUGGGAAUCCGGACUGUGGAGAGACGCAGCACCGGGAGAAAGAUGGCUCAGUUAGAAGGAGGAGAGCAGGAGGACACCAGACUACAGCAGAUGGAACUCCAGGAAGUGUGUAAUAAGGAUGUUUUAAUCGUGGCUGCCACUAAUAGACCAGAGGUUCUGGACAGUGCUCUGCUCAGACCCGGCCGACUCGACCAGAUCAUAUACGUUCCACCUCCAGAUCUUGAGGCUCGUCUGGCCGUGCUGCGCAUCUGCACUGAAAGCGUCCCGCUGCAUCGGGACGUGUGUCUGCAGGAUCUGGCUGCUCAAACUGAGCUCUUCUCUGGAGCUGAUCUAGAAAACCUGUGCAGAGAGGCGGCUCUUCUGGCUCUGCGCGAGGACGGACUCGAGGUUCCCUGCGUGAGGCAGAAGUAUUUUCUCAAGGCGCUUCAGAGUUUGAGUCCAUCACUGAGUCCUCAACAGCUUCAGCAACGCUUUCACUCAAGCCUCUAUUAAAAAUAUAUACAAUAAAAAUGUUUAUAAUUUGUGUACAAAUGUCUUGUUUCACACACUCUUCAAUCUGCAAGUAAAAGGUGAAGCACAAAAAUAUCAGUUGUGUUCAUAUUAAAGGAUAUGCGAUGAGAAAAACAUACUGUAACAUUCUGAACUCAAAACCUCAUUCUUGGUCCAA